UAAGAAUAAUAUUAUAACGAAUAUUGUUGAAUAAAGUGCAACAAAUGCUCAAUAAACUAAGUCUUAAGACAUCUGGGACCAUUUGUAGAAAAUGACAAAAAUUCUAAACAGUUCCGCAAUAUAGCUCGCAUAAACGAAAGCAAUAGGCACACACGUUGGCGUGUAUCGACUCGCUCGUGAAAAUAAAUCAAGUACGCGAUAGAAUUGGGCAGAAUGUGAUUGUACGAACCAUACUCAAGAAGAUGUCAAACGUUUGAAACAAGCCGCCGUGCUCGUCGAUUAAUACUUAUAUGUCGUUAUUAGAUAUGUCGAGAAUGUAUUGUAUUGGAGAUCUUAGAUAAGGUUAUUUCAUUUAUAGUUUGGUUACAUCUUUCAAUAAGCGCGAGUCAAAAAAAUAUUGAUGCUGCACCAUGAAAAUAUUUUUCAAUAGCGGCGCCAAGUAUAAUUUAUCAUAUGAUCGAGUGCUUUCAUGACAGCGAUUAACAGCAUGUAAUGAUUUUAUAAUACGAAUGAACACAGCGAAAAAUAAGAUGUCACCAUUUCGGAAGAAAAAGUCCGGGAGAUCCUUUCCUGUCAAAGUUUGCACCUUAGAUGCAGAACUUGAAUUUAAUUUAGAGUGGAGAUCGACAGGCAGAGAAUUGUUUGAUCUGGUGUGCCGAACGAUAGGAUUGAGAGAAACAUGGUAUUUUGGACUUCAAUAUGAAGAUGCAAAGGGCUUUAUUUCUUGGUUAAAAUUAGACAAGAAAGUUCAAGAUCAAGGUAUUUCGCAGCAGCAGACAACAUCAUUCAUGUUCUUAGCAAAAUUUUAUCCUGAGGAUGUAGCUGAAGAACUUGUGCAAGAGGUCACUCAACAUCUGUUUUUUUUACAAGUGAAACAAGCUAUAUUGUCCAUGGAUAUUUAUUGUCCACCUGAGGCUUCUGUAUUACUUGCUUCUUAUGCUGUCCAAGCAAAGUAUGGCGAUUAUGAUGAAAUUUCAUAUCGCCCUGGAAUGCUUGCCAGUGAGGAUUUGCUUCCACAGAGAGUUAUAGAUCAAUACCAAAUGACUCCAGAAAUGUGGGAGGAUAGGAUAAAAAUUUGGUACGCCGAUCAUCGUGGUAUGUCUCGAGACGAAGCAGAAAUGGAAUACCUUAAGAUUGCUCAGGAUCUCGAUAUGUAUGGUGUAAACUAUUUUCCUAUUAGUAAUAAAAAGGAGACAGAUCUUUGGCUUGGAGUAACAGCAUUGGGAUUGAAUAUUUAUGAAAAGGAAAAUAAAUUAGCACCGAAGACAACGUUCACGUGGUCGGAAAUUCGUCAUAUUAGUUUCGACGAUAAGAAGUUCAUAAUCAAGCCUGUAGAGAAAACAUCACCAAACUUCAUGUUCUUCUCGCAGAAAACUCGCAUGAACAAACUGGUAAAAAAACAAUCAGAUGUUGGCAGCUGGAUCCUAGAUCUGUGUAUUGGCAAUCACGAUCUAUUUAUGAGGAGACGCAAACCAGAUUCCAUGGAAGUUCAACAAAUGAAAGCACAAGCCAAGGAAGAAAAAUCCAGGAGGCAAAUUGAAAGAAAUAAAUUAGCACGAGAAAAACAAUUAAGAGAAGCAGCGGAAAGAGAAAAAGCUGCAAUGGAACAGCGACUUCUACAAUACCAGGAGGAAAUACGAUUGGCGAAUGAAGCUCUUAGAAGGUCUGAAGAGACGGCAGAUCUUUUAGCUGAAAAAAGCCGUGUAGCAGAAGAAGAAGCAAUGCUUUUAAGUCAGAAAGCGUCGGAAGCUGAACAAGAAAUUACACGUAUACGAUUGAAUAAUAUGAAGACUGAAGAAGAAAAAGUCCAUUUAGAACGGAAAACUAGAGAGGCUGAAUUAUUAACUGAACGACUAGUUCAAGAAUCGGAACGUAGAGCUGCUGAAGCAGAAAAAUUAAAGGACGAACUAUUACGUGCAAGAAUUGCUGAGAAAGAAGCUAAAGAGAAAUUGUUAGAGUUCUUGAGUAGAAAUGCUUAUACUUCUACCAUCACUCCUGUACCAAAUUUAUUUCCUUCUACGCAAGUACUUCCAUCAGAGCUACAAGCAGAUCUUCAGACUCUACAAUUAGAACCUUUACACGCAGAACCUUUACCACCUGAUUUAACAUCUUAUGAUCUUAUUAGCGAUGGAGAUGUUGAUCAACUUUCAUUAGAGAUUGAAAGGGAAAGAAGCGAUUAUUUAGAGAAAAGUAAGCAUUUACAGGAACAACUGCGAGAAUUACGUUCUGAAAUUGAAGGUUUAAAAGUUGGUGACAAGCAAUGCGAAUUGGAUCAGCUGCACGAGGAACAAGUUCGACUUGGCGAGAAUAAAUACAGCACGCUGAAAAAAGUGAAAUCUGGAUCGACUAAAGCUAGAGUCGCUUUCUUUGAGGAAUUGUAGUUAUUGAGAAUGAAAUAAAUUUACUAACAGAUGUAUAUUAACGUGAUAUUAGUAAAAUUCAUUUAAUACUGAAAAAUUAAAAUUAUGUAAAUUUUUAUGUGCGCGCACACACUUGCGCAUGCAUAGAAAAGGAGAGGUGGAUAUCCACUUAAUCUUUAUAUUUUGUAAUAAUAUACUUGAGUACUCUAUAUAGAACAUUGA